UCAUGUGUCGCAACAGACUGAAGCAGGAAGCUGAGACGACUUCACACUCACACCACAGAGAGACAGACAGGACACAGAACGCUGAGACAAGAGACGAGACAAGACAAGAGACACAACAAGAGACAAGAGACGAGACAAGACAAGAGACACAACAAGAGACACAACAAGAGACAAGAGACGAGACAUACAGAAGGAGUUGAAGAGUGACCAAAAGAGUCAAAAGGAACACAGAGACAACAGAAAGGAGGAGAGGAGGAGCAAAGGAGAAGAAGAAAAAGAGGAGGAGAGAGACUCUAAACAGAAGAGGAAGCUGAAAGUUAAAGAGGAGACACCGGAGGAGGAGGAGAGGACAGUGGAGCACCAAGAGAAGCAGAGAGAGGAGUGGUGAGGAGGAGGAGGAGCCAUGGAGGAGGACAUCAGGAAACAGGGGGCGCUGUUCCUGCAGCAGCAGAGGUUUGGAAAGAAGUGGAAGCGUGUGUGGUGCGUCCUGUACAGAGAAAGUUCCUGUUCGAUUUCCAGACUUGAGUUCUUCGAGUGUAAAGACGGAGGAAAUUCCGAGAAGAAUGACAAAACUCUUCGCAAACAGCAGGAACACAAGAAGGUGAUCCGGCUGGCGGACUGUAUCCGGGUCUCGGAGGUGGACAUGGACGGGUGUCCCCGAGAGACGGGACCGUUCCUGAUCGAGACCACAGAGAAGAUCUACGUGUUCGCUGCAGACAGAAUGCAGCUGGACGACUGGACACACAAACUGUGUGAGAUUGCCUUCCCUAUGAGCUGGAGUGAAGGGGUUAAGCGAGGCAGCCUGCAGAGAGGGAACAGAGUGGACGAGGACGAAGGAAUGGAGCAAAACUCACUGUACAGCGAGAGAGAGACAGUGCGUGACUUCAGAGUGUGUGUGAGGAGGACCGAGGCGUCGGAUCGCUGCAGACUGAAGGGGGACGGGUUCCUGCGAGCCGACGUGGACGCGCUCCACCUGCUGGACAAGACCGGAGACAUCCUGUACAGCUGGCCCUACAGAUACCUGAGGCGCUUCGGACGGGACAAGUCGACCUUUUCCUUCGAGGCCGGGCGGCGCUGCGACUCUGGCGAGGGCGGCUUUGAGUUUGACACCAAACAGGGGAAUUUCCUGUUCCAGGCGGUCGAAGCCGCCAUCAACCUGCAGCGCAUCUCGCUGCCCCAGAGGCAGACCUCCGGGGGGGGCCAGGUGAGUCCAGAGACCCCCCAGGAUGUGAACCUGCCCCCCCUGCCCCUCAACCCGCCCAUGGGCCAGUGCCGGACGCCGCCGCUACCGCAGAACCGCAGCGUCGGUCAGGCGGCGGACGGCGUUUACAGCAUGGUGACGGAGACUCCAACCCUUCAGAUGAUUCAUCACAAAGAUAAAGAGAGCUCCACUGCUGCUCAGCACCAACAGCGCCCCCCGCUGUCUCGUCUGGAGCCUCCGGUGGACAAACUGCUGACGGGCGUGAAGAGUUUGACUCUGGACACUCGCGGCGUCCCCGUCCCCCGUAAAAACCAGGUGAAGAUGAUCUCCAGCUGCCCGCUGCCGCACGCCGACCCUGGCCCCAGCCCUGGCUCCGCCCACAACCCCAAACCUCACCUCAGCCCCAAGCUGAGCUCCGCCCCCGACCAGAUGUACUCUCAGAUCGGCCAGCACGCUGUUGCGGAGCGAGGCACCAAGAGGGAGAAGAGAGGUUGCGGCGGCGUUGGGGCCGUCCAGCCGGAGCCGGAGUACUCGCUCCCCUUCGACACCAUCGCCAUAAACGUCAUGUCCAACAUUGUGAACUCCCAGCAGGGCCAUGGACCAGAGUCUGGCGCAGACCCGCUCUACGACAGCAUCGACGAGAUGAAGAUCAGAAACAUCUUUUUGAGCGCCGCUGCCACCGCCGCUGCCACCACCGGGGCGCCGUACGAGAAAGUGGAACACAUCUACGACGAGCCCGAAGGCUGCGCCGCCACCGCCACCACUCAGAAACCUGCCGGCUCGCUGUACGACGACCCCGAGGAAAUGAGAGGAGACGCCUGGAGGAUCAUGGGGACGCCCGCUGACCCCAAAGGUCACGAGUACCCAUACAACCCCCGCGUGGACGACUACGCCGUGCCCAAACGAGCCCAGAGGGCGCAUCCCGUCACACAAAGCACCAACGAAGGAGAGGACGACCAGGAGGAGGAGCCUCAGCCGGAGGAGGACCAGAUGGCGGAGCAGCGGGACUCGCCAUACAACAACGUGAUGGUGAAGAUGGCAUAGACGAGACAGGAAACUCAUCUAGACUCGUCUAAAACUCCAGGAGACUUUCUGCAGAAUGAUUCUCUUUAAAAACUCUUAUUUUCAUGAUCAAUAAUCGUUUAGUCUAUAAGAUAUCAGAAAUAGUAAAAGAUAAAUAUGCUUCACAUAGUUAUUUGACCGUGAAGACUUCAGGACGUCUGACAGAGAGACUUUCCCCUCAGACUGGGGAUGGGAAUGUAAAGAAUUUAGUGAUUCCGAUUCUCUUAUCGAUUCUCAUUCAUUAAGGAAUUAAAUUAUACAAAUGGGUUUGUUUGCAUUAACUGUUUAAUAUCUUCAUCUUUAACUACUAAUAACAACUAAUAAUUGCUCAGUUCCACUCUUAUUGGUCCAGAGAAAAUUCAAUUUGGUGUUUUUAAGCCCAACUGAUACAAAAACAACAUACAACAUAAUACACUUUGGCUACUAACACUUGGGAAUAUUUAAAGUGCUUUGCAUUCAACUUGAUCCAAAACUAAUUUCGACAUAAAACAAAGAAUGCUUCUGUAAAAAUGAACAUAAUAAACAAAAAUACAACUGCACUUUUCAACUCUGGCAGAUUAACAGUUUUUGUGCAGGAAAAUUAACAGAAAAUAUAGUUAAAAAUGAGACAUGACAUCACUAGUUAAAACAUCAUGUAACUUUGACAAUUCUAGGUUUAAUCUGAGCAGAUUACCAGAAAAUAUGCAACAAAUUAACCUAUUGAAGUUCAGAGGCAAAAGGGUGUAAACCUUCACCACAAACCUGGUCCCUGCUCGGUGACAUUUGUUUUUCCUCUGUCAUUUUACUCUUCCCUGCCUUGAUGAAAAGGGUUGCUAAAGGUGCAUGAGAGCUACUCAGUGUUGCCAACUUAGCAGCCUUGUCUCUAUAUUUAGACCAUUCAGACCCACUAGAGACUCUUUUUCAAAAAAGCAACUAGCAACAAAUCUAGGGACUCUUUCUUGUGUUACUGGAGACUUUUGGAGACUCGUUCCUACUCUUCUUAAAGAGUAGCAGGCGCCAUCCCAAAGCACUCACAAGCGGCCCAGUCCUCCUGCAGCAGUCUCUCCCAGCUGCAGUCAGAGCAGGAGAUGUUAACCCCUCUGCGUCCAGUUUGCAAAUGAGUCACGCAUGCGUGAAAUCGCUGCUGGCUGUUUUACAGACGUAGGAGGAACCGGUAAGCGGAAUCGUCAAGGAGGCAAACAAUUCCUAGGAAUCGAAUUACUGGGAGCCGGUUCUCAGUUUGAUCUGUUCGGUCCUACAACAUCUGGAAAGUCUAGAAGAGCCGAAAGAUUAAAUCCUUUUAUUCACAUUCAGGUAAACGGAGCAGGUAGUAGAAGCCUUUAGGUGAUUGCUCCACAGGAAUGAUAGAUGUUGAAGAGCUUUCAUAGGAAUGAAUAGAGCCCCGCCUCCAGCUCUGCAUUGCUUCUCUUCAUACGUUCAUGUUUCUGUUCACACUGAACUUUAAGAUGCUUUAUGUUCUGUUUGUUCCUUUCCGUUCUCAGACUUUGGCUCUUCUGUCGUUUUCUAUAUUCACGGUUCAUCUCAUAGUGGUUUCAGGUUUAAAACUAAAAAAAUAAAGAUUUUCUGAAUCGUCAGUGAACAAAAUAUAUGGCUGAUUUAUGUCCGGAGCUUCACGUCAGAGUGAAGCCACACCCACCUUUAUACCUGAGCGAGGUCUCGCUUGUGUUCGCUCUGGAAGAAGAUCCCGGUACUCUUUAUGCUCAUUAACAGAACUAUUUUGAGUGAGCAACUUUUAUAGGAAUGAACAGGGCUGCGUUCCAAAUCUCAACAUUUUUCUUUUGGCUUAUAGUUCGUUCUGUAGCUGCUUUUACAAAGUAUAAACAGUUACAAGCCGAUUAAAAGUACAUUAAUUGGGACGCUUAUAACUUAAAUGGCAAAUAGUGUUUAUAUUUAGUAAAAAGUUCAUCAGUUUGAACGUCAGAUAUCUUUUCUUCGGUCACAUAGACUUACAGAUCACUGCUUUCUGAUUUCACUGAUCUCUCUUUCAUGGGAUCAGAGUCUGCUUCAGUCACUCAACAUUUUUUAACAGCUUCAUAUUUAUUCAUAUUAUUACAGAUGAUUCAUGAGAUUUUAUUAGAUUUCAAAGAAAGAGAGAAAAUGAUGCAUAGGUUGUAAUGAAGUUGAUUUAUUGAAGGAGCUGCAGUGAGCAGCUUCGUCCAGCAGAGGGCAGCAGAGACUCAGACAAUCAGGAGAGAGCAGAGGACUACAAAAGGGAAAGGAAACAAGAAAGAAACACCAUUUUGCACAAUAAAAUAUGAAUAUUUUGUCAAAUUAAUAGAAACUGUAAACUGUGAACAUAAUCCUUUUUUUCAGACUAAAAUGAAUAUUGUAUGACUCUGGACCUCGAUCAUGUGUCCAGAUGUUCUCUGUGCAGCCUGUAAAUCUGAAAUAAAUCCUCAUUUAUUCUUUA